AUGAGUGGCACAGUCAUCAACAAGUGCUGGCGGAUCCAACAAGUCUUGGUUAUUGUUAUUAUUCUCCUCUAUGCUCUGACUACUAUCAAUGUUGCUGCCACUUUGUCAUUUCUAUGCUCUGGAUUCAUUGAAAAUGGGCAAAGUUUUUGGACCAUAUACUCGAAGUUUAUUGGUGUGAACCAAGCAACCUAUUUGGAGACAGUGUCGAAAGUCAUUGAUGUACAUCAUGAGUACUUCAGUGGAUCAAAUUCAGUAGUAUUCAUGACACUCUACAUGUCCUUCAUCCUGGCAACGACACUAUGGUGCACAUUGGUCAUCAUCUUCCAUGUUUUGACUGUUGCUGGGGUUAGAUGUGGAGCAGGUGGCCGACUGAGAGUUUAUCACCAUUUCAUUGAAGUGCUAGUGGAAUCCUCUGCUCUCUAUUCAAUAGCUUUGCUCCUGGACUUGGCUUUCUUCAUUCACGAUGAUCUUAAAACAUAUUACUUUAAUGUAAUAGCUGUCAUUGCAAGGGGAGUUGCACCCACGCUCCUUGUUGGCAGAGUAGCGGCAGGACACACACACCCAACCGAAGAACAUGACAAAAGUGUGACAGUGUCAACCCUUCGUUUCCAGAUGGCUUCCCAACUUUCUCAACCUUCGCAACCUUCCACUUCAAGUUUUCAGGAAUCCACCAUGCAGAGCGCAGUCCUUGAAGCGGACAUUGAAGCCCAGACGGAGCGGUCGGAUGAGCUCAUGGUAGUUGUUGAAAGGAUGCAAUAGGGCUCAUGGCGAAUGUCUGAAUAUCGGGGUUCAGAGACUUACAGGCCGUCACAGUCUGUCUUUCGUUGUUGUAUUCUUUUUCAUCAUCGUACUCCAGUGUAAGAUUUCAUAGAGAAUU